GAAUAAGAAAAACCCUAGACGAGCCAUGAUUAUAAACAUCACCAAACAUUGUAAAACACUCAAGAUCAUCGAAGACGUAGGUGUAAAUUUCAAGAAACCCUAAUCAUCAACAUCUAACAAUUGAUCCUUUCUAGAAACCCUAAUCAUCAACCCAGUUCAACCACAUCAAGACUAAAUUAUUACGAGUUUGAGGUUACCAAUUUCUUUGAAGAUCAAAUGAAGCAUAUUGCGAAGAUUAUGACAUUUUUGGUGGCUAUCACUGCCGUAUGGAUCAGUUUAUUGCAGACCGCAAUGAUCCCGCAGAGUCAUACUUGGUUGCUGCCUCUGUACUUGAUUGUGUCGUUAGGAUGCUACGGGCUUCUAAUGGUUGGGGUCGGUUUGAUGCAAUUUCCCACUUGCCCUCAGGAGGCGGUCCUUUUACAGCAGGAUGUAAUUGAGGCUAAGCAAUUCUUGAAGCAUAAUGGGGUAGAUGUGGGUUCAGAUUGACACUUGUUACUUUGUGCAUCUGAUUUUUGAAUUCCGGUUGAGUUAUAUUAUUUGUUUCUCGUUUGUCGUCAUGUCGAUAACUAUUUGUCCGAGACUAGUUAGAACGUGUAAAGAUUUUAAGUACAGUGACUGCGACUUGAAUAGUUGUAAAACGAAACAACAAACAGAGCUUUACCCAUUAA